CCAGCAUCUCAAAGAAUGACCUGGCGGAAGGAUUCUGCCCUACAAGACGGCCGAUACCUUGGUGUUGAUUUGGCUGGAGGCUACUAUGAUGCUGGAGACAAUGUCAAAUUUGGUUUCCCCAUGGCUUUCACAACGACGGUAUUGGCAUGGAACAUCAUUACGUUUGGCAACGAGAUCGGUGUACAGUUGGAUAAUGCUAAGGACGCACUGAGUUGGGCCGCCGACUACUUGCUCAAAGCGACGGCCGAACCCAACAAGAUCUACGUCCAAGUCGGAGAUCCUUUCGCGGAUCAUAACUGCUGGGAGAGGCCAGAGGACAUGGACACUCUUCGGACAGCUUAUGCAGUCGAUACUGAGAAGCAUGGUUCUGAAGUUGCUGCUGAGAUGGCUGCUGCACUUGCAGCCACCUCGAUUGUCUUCAGAUCAUCCAAUUCCUCCUACUCUAAAAUACUUUUAGAAAGAUCCUACCAGGUUUUCGAUUUUGCAAAUAAAUACCGGGGUUCAUACAGUGACAACAGCAGCCUUGGCAACUGGGUGUGCCCCUUUUAUUGUGAUUGGAGCGGCUACAUGGACGAGCUAGUUUGGGGUGCAGCAUGGAUAUACAAAGCUUCUAACAACCCUUGGUACUGGAAUUAUGUGACCGAGAACAUUGGUCAGUUAGAAAACCAGGAAUUUGGAUGGGAUAAUAAGAUAGCAGGAAUCCGUGUGCUAAUCUAUGAGGAUCUAAUCGCACGUAAUGAUCCGAAAUUAAAUUACUUGAUCGCAAAGGCGGAGGAUUUUGCAUGUGCGGUGCUGCCAGAAUCACCUAGGAAGAACGUAAAAUACAGUCCAGGCGGCCUUCUCGUCAAGUCAGACGGGGGCAACAUGCAGAACGUAGCGGCACUAUCUUUUCUCCUCCUCGUGUUAGGCCUCGAUCUUAGCUCUCAAAAUAAAGCCGUCAACUGUGAUGGUGUACAGGCUUCUCCCAGCAGGCUCAUAGAAGUGGUCAAAAGCCAGGCGGACUACAUCCUCGGCAGCAACCCAUUGAGUAUGUCUUACAUGGUGGGGUAUGGCAACAAGUUCCCUCAGAGGAUCCACCACCGUGGCUCAUCUUUGCCGUCCAUCAGUCAGCAUCCCGGCCACAUCGGCUGCAAAGAUGGGACGCCGUACUUCCAGAGUGAAGCGCCCAAUCCCAACUUGUUGGUAGGGGCCAUAGUUGGAGGGCCCAAUAUCACAGAUGCCUACGCUGACUCCAGACCUUAUUCCGUGGAAUCAGAGCCCAUCACUUACAUCAAUGCUCCUAUGGUGGGCAUAUUCGCCUAUUUUAAGGCCCAUCCGUGA